CCCACUUUGAUAUUUCUUUUCUUUUUCUUUUCUUUUCUUUUUUUUUUUUCUUUUUUCUUUUGAACAAUAAUAUUAUCCCACUACCAUUCCUUUUAAUUUCCCUUAAACAUUCCUUUAUUCUUUUUCUAUCUUCCUCUCGUUUAGUCAACUUACAUUUCGAAUAACAAAUUCUUUCUCUUCUUCUAUUUUCUUUUUCUCAUUCUCUCACACUCUCCUGAAAACGAGUUUUCUUCUUCACUUAUAAAACACGCCUCUCUUCCAAUACUCACCCCCUUCUUACCAUAUAUACACACUCCUUGAUAUAUUCUACUCUCCUACACUUCCUCCUUCCGACAAGAAUGCAACCUAUCAACCAAAAACGAACUCCCAAAACUCAAACUUCUUCAAAGAUGGCGAUACUUCAAAAGAGCAAGUCAGAGCCUAAUUGUACCAGUACUACUUCUAAUACAUUUCGUGUUGCUUCUAUUUAUCCUAAACGCAAAUCAACUGGAAACUUACGUCGUCAAUCUUCACUUUCGGAUGGAAAAUUAUCAAAUUCAACUUCCAAUAAGGAUGUAUGGAGAUCUCCUGGUUGUUAUGAAGUACCCGAUAUUCUUGGAAAUGCUUAUUUGAAACCAGAAAUACCAGUUGCUUUGAAUUUACGACCUAUGGAUCCUGCUAAACAAGUUACCAAGCGUCCAUGGUAUCCUCCUAGUCCUCAUUAUCAAAUCCCUCAGUUGCCACCCCUAGCCCGUGCUGAAAACAAAUUUGAAGCCAAGAUGAAAAAAAUCUUACCCAAGGUCACUAUAAGAACAUCUGAUCCUCGUCAACGUUAUUCUGAUUUCAAGGAAAUUGGUACAGGGGUCAAUGGUGCGGUGGUUAGAGCUAGUUUUAGAAAACAACCCAAUGUACAACUGGCUAUCAAACGAUGUAAAUUGGAUCCCGAUCGUGAAUAUCGUGCUGCUAUUCUUCGAGAAUUACGAAUCAUGGCUAGUGGACAUGCAAAUUUGAUCAAAUUACGUGAAGUUACCAUGUGCCGUGAUGAUAUUUGGAUUGCUAUGGAUUUGAUGCGUUGUUCAGUUUUCGCUAUUCUUUGUCAACGUGGUAUUCCUGAAGGUUUUACUGUACAUAUUGCUUGUGAAACUUUGAAAGCUUUGAUUUACUUGCAUAGUAAAGGCUUACUCCAUCGUGAUGUCAAAUGUGAAAACCUGUUACUUGGUUGGAAUGGUCAAAUUAAAUUAGCUGAUUUUGGUUUAGCUGCUCGUUUAGAUAGACGAAAUCGUGAUAGACUGGGUACAACUAAAUGGAUGGCACCAGAAGUUAUCCGAGAAGAAUAUUAUGAUGAAAAGAUUGAUAUGUGGUCUCUUGGUAUUACUAUUAUUGAAAUGAUGGAUCGUGUCCCUCCUCAUUAUUUGAUCAAGGAUGAAGAAGAAUUGUUUGAUAUCAUUGCUACAGAACCAAGUCCUACCUUUACUUAUAGUCAUCCUUCUAUGUAUAUGCGAGGUCUUGUUGCCUGGUUAUUGGAUGAAGAAGCUUCUACUCGUCCUUCUGCAAAGGAUGUCUUAAUGGAAAUCGAUGCUCAUAUCAAGAGUAACUUGCUUCCUUAUACGACUUCCCACGAAUUGGCUCGCUUUGCUAACCAUGUCCUUCCUCAGUACUGAAUCAUGUGAUUCCUUCUCUAGCAUUAGUUUCAUUCAUCAUUUACUUACCAUUACUAUUAUCCAUUAUUAUCUUUAUUAUUAUAUUCUUCUCUCUUACUUUAGAUCUUCAAUUUACCUUUAUGCACAAACCUUUAUAUCACCUCAUCUUUCUAAUAUUACCCAUUUGACUUAUUUUUUUUAUUCCAUUUUCCCAUCCAUUGAAUUUCUUUACCUUAUUAUGAUGACUCCCUUUCUCACACAACCUCUCUUCCUCUUGUUAUUUAAUUUAUUUGUUUUUUUUUUCUACUACUCUUUAGGCAUUCCAUUUAUUUUCCUUAUUCCAUAGAAAUCUCAUCCUUUUUUUUAUUCUUGUUUUCUUUAUUUAGAACAUUAUUAUUCUUUAUUCUAUGCCAAAUAAAACAAACUCACAUUACAAACCAUA